AUGUUUGAUGAAUAUCUUAGAGUAUUAUAUCCAUUUCAUUUCUGGUUAUUAUUGUAUCUAUUUAUAAAACAAGAAAUAACUUCUGCUGUACCACAAGUAGAUAUUAAAAAUAUUAAUGAUAAAGAUAUUGAUACAAGCGAAUUUUCAUCAAUAUCUGCUACAACCUGGAUAGAAUUAAAAAUAAAUCUUGUUUUUUUUUUUCUUUUGGUUAUUUUAUUGAAGAAUAUUUGGCUUACGAAUUAUACAGAAGACAUUCUAUUAAAACUCAUACCUAAAGAUGAAAUAAUUAUUCUCGGUGUACUUGUUGAACCUUUUUUUUUUAUUGAUUUAAUAGUCAAUAAAGAAAAUAUACCAUUUCAUCUUAAAUCUAUAGAAACUAUGAUUGCAUUUAAUUCUAAGUAUAAAGGUCGUUGGCUUGAUGAGAUUAGGUUAGUACCUAAUCCAUUGAUUGUUAAUACGUCAUUUAUGAUAAAUAUUAUGAUUAACGAAGAUGAAGGAUUUAAUAUUUCUUUUAACGAGCAAAAUUUUUUUGAAUUUGAAAGACGUGAACAAUUCGAUGUUAUAAAACACAUACAAGUUUAUGGAAAUUUGACACUUAAAUCAGUUAAAAUUAUUCAUUCAAGUAAAGAAGGUGAUUAUUGA